AUGAGUCAGUGUCCUCUCGGAUUCAAAGGCACGCCACCACCGGGCCAUCCCAAAGUCGCCGGGCUCGACACUACUUCUUCUGCAAGCGACGCCACAAACGCAGCAACAUCGGCCUCGUCAAGUACUUCAGAGAAAACAGGCUGGAACCCAUGGUUGCUACUCGUCAUUGAUGCGGCUUUCAUCUUGGUUGCCAUCUACCUUGCCAAAAACGGUGUGCCCAAAGCGAUAGCAGAUCCGGUCCGGGCAGCGUUGAACAAGACACAACGCAAGGUUAAUGCAAAGACAGAGUAA